AUGUACCUGUACUCUCCAGAGCAGCUGCAGACUCAGAGUAACACGCCUGUAGUUGUGCAAGUGGUCAAACGAUUGGUAGAACCUUUCGGCGGCCAAGGGCGGAUUGUUCAGCUGGACAACUCGGCGAGGAUGGAGGGCAGACUCAAAACAAUCCUCUCUGAAUUACAGAUUAAUAUUCAAUUGUCAUCAUCAGAAAAAAAGCAAACAAUAUUCCUGGCAUCAUCUUCAUCUCCGUCUAAACCUUCAGAGGAGUCAAAGUCAGAACUCACAGCCCACCUUCAGGGCUGGACUGGACCUGUUCUGCUCCCUCUGUCAGACCUGAGCGGAUCUGGGGCAGAUGCGUUCAUGCCAGGCUUUUGGGUGGCCUUUCACACCGUCUGCAUCAACACGUUUGUGCUCCACACUCUGCAGAGACGGGCCUCAGGACGGACGGCUCCUCUGCCGGGGUUCACCAGGGCUCUGGCCUCUCAGCUGGCCGCAGACAGCAGCAUGGCUGUGCCCGUCCUGCCACGACUGAACAGCAGCUCCAACCAGGAAACCACAAAUCUUUCAAAGCAAAGGUCAAACACAAAUGGCUGUUUUCAGAUGAUGGAGGGCACGAGCUACAACUUGAGAAGUAGGCCAUGCACGCCAUCGAACAAGCAGGGCAAACCAGGAGUUGUUGGGUUAGACAACAUCGGCAAUUCGUGCUACUUCAAUGCUGUGAUGCAGUGUCUCUGUUCAACCAUGCCCUUUGUAGAAGACCUCCUCAGUCAGGAAACAAGCAGAGAGCUGGCAAAGUGCGAGUGCGGGAUCGUGCAGGUUUUCAUCGAGCUUCUGGAGCAGAUGUGGCAGGGGAGUAGCACCAGCUGUUCCCCUGUGCAAGUCAUGUCUGCGCUGCCCUCCAUCUUCCCCCAGUUUGACAGCUACACCCAGCAAGACGCACAAGAACUGCUGCUCCACCUUCUGGACGCUCUGCACGAAGACUUAAAAAAGAUGCAUUUGUCAAGAAAACAGCCAGGAAAGAAUCAGAGCAGAAGCUCCAAAACUGAGUCCACCAUUGUCUCGGAUCUGUUUGAAGGCCAGCUAAGCUACCUGACCAGCUUCCUCCACUGUGGUCAUGAGGCGCGCAACAGUCAAACCUUCACCAUACUGUCACUUCCCAUCCCAAACGGCAACAAGAAGUGCUCCAUUCAGGAUUGCUUAUCCCUGUUCUUCGAGGAGACUGUCCUGACUGGGGCGGAGCAGACCUACUGCUCAGACUGUGGCCUAAGAAGAGAAGCAACAGUGCAAACUUAUUUAAACAAACCUCCAGAGAUUCUCAUUUUGCACCUGAAACGGUUUGGCUGUAAGGGCAGGAGACAGGUCAAGUUGUCAGCCAAUGUGUCGUUCUCCAUGGAGCUCGAUAUCACUCCGUUUCUGUCCAGCUCGGUGCGGAGUUGGUCAUCUUACCAUCUGUAUGCUGUUGUGAUCCACAGAGGUAACCUGGACAUGGGUCACUACACGGCUCUGUGCUACAACUCGGUGCUGGAGACGUGGCAUUGGUUUGACGAUUCUCUGGUCAAGGAAGUGCACGGGAGCGUCGUGCAGUCUCCAGACGCUUACGUUCUGUUCUACAGCUGCGACCCUUUCUAGAUCCAAGAGCUCUGAAAUCUCCAUCCUCAGCAACGGAUAAUAAAAUGCAUUGCCACACAAACGCAAAAUGUGUUGCUUGUUCUCCAGCUGGCUCCUCUGUAGGACGAAAAAAAAAAAAAAAACUUUUAAAAAACCAGCUUAAAUUGACAAUGUAAUCCAAUUCUGGAUCAAAUUGAGAAAAAGAAAUGCACAGACAAUUUAUUUGAAGCAGUUUUAAUAAAUAGUCAUACAAGUUGUUUUGAGGUUAAUAUAAUCAUGUUAAGCAAUUUGUAUUUAGAGAAUUAAGAAUAAAAGAUUGAAUGAAGAAAAAAAAACUGAUUAUAAUUUCAUGCUAGGCCAUAAAAGUUUACUCAGAUGUAGUUAAAUCCUUUUAACUCUCAAUCUCGGCUCCAUUAAGAAGCAACAUCAGUCUCGUUUGUUGUUCCUCACAUAAUCGCUUGGUCAAAGAGUCACGCAGCCAAUGCUGAAAAUUCACUCAAUUCUUCAUAUUGUCAGGCUCAGUAAACAAAAACAAAAUAAUGCAAAAACAAAAUGUAUGAAUAAGAUCUAGAUAAUCCAUCCCAUUAAGUCAUACUCUUAAUAGUGUUUGAAUAUGAUAAAUCUGAAGGUAAAUAUAACAUUACAGGAACAUGUUGAGUGUUCUGCACUGGCUGGAGUGAGACAGAUGAAAUCCCAGCAUCAGCAUCGAUUUAAAGCCUUCUGAGAUGGAAAUAAAGGUCUGCUGUCCAAAUAAUGUUUUUAACCUGAACUUAAAGCAAUUGCAUAUUGGAUGUGCAAGAACGUGGGUUAAUAUGAACAAGCACCAACAGGCCUCCUCUUAAUCUCAAUAAAAGAUCACACCGCCUCUCCUAUUGCCUUCAAACAGCAGAAGGUUGUACAGUUAGAGCCCAGAAGCCAAUGGUCUGUCCUCACAUAGAUGGUCAUGUUUCACUGGCUGCUACUCUUAAG